AUGGGGCUCCUCAAACUUCCCUACGAACUCCUCUUUGAGAUCAUCGAACAUCUGGAAUAUGGCUGGGAUUUGACGGCGUUUGGCGUGGUGAAUCGCCGACUCCACGGGCUCGUCAACACAUACAUCUACCACGAAAAGCUUCCUGGCUGCAACAACGAUGUACUGGAAUGGAUUGUCGAAAAAGGCAACGAAGAUGUGUUGGCCCAAUGCCUCAAGGCGAACAUCCUGACAUACGUGGACCGGCCGAUCGCCUCGGGAACACUGCAGAAGGCAAUCAUCCUUGGGCGUGAUCGAAUUUUUCAACGUGGCAGAGAUCGAGACGGGGAGAUUCGUAUUGGUCAAUGGUCUCCAAGGCCACUAGAAUGGGCUGCCGAGGCAGGGCACGACUCGGUGGUGAAGAUACUUCUCGAGUACGGCGUCGAUGAAAAAGACGGAGGGCCUUUGGUGGCUGCUCUAGAAAAUGUACAUCUACAGGUCGCCAAAGCCCUACUUGAUAAAUACUUGGAGGUCUAG